UUAGUGGUGGUUUUUGUGUGUUUGCAAAUCUUUGGAUUUGCAAUUGGACGCCAAUUGCAGUUCAUGGAUCACAAUUCGGUCCAUGAAGGUCUUUUUGGAAAAGGUGAUGGAGAUAGGUUCCAGAAGGGUUCUCAUGAUGGAAUGGAUUUGUCGCAGAUUAUUAAUACAGCCUUGUCUGUGAUUCAAUCCAUGAGAUCUUCUCCAGAUGAUGAAGUUCGCCCUACAUCUACUCCAUCACCACAUAAGGCUGGAAAAUGCAAAGGCCCAAACGAACAAUACAGUCAUUGUGAUGGCCAUUGUGACCUAAUGUGUGAUGGUAGUGACAAAAUGAAAGGAUUAUCAUGUUCUUCCGAAUUGACCAACGUGUGUAUCCCAGGAUGCAACUGCAAACGUGGAUUUGCCAGAAAUUCACAAGGAGAAUGUGUCAAAUUUAUGAACUGUAAACAGGAUUCUGUGAUUGUUAUGACCCAGAAAAAGUAGGAGAUAAAUAAGCAAUAUAAUAUUGUUUGAUAAAGUAUUUUAUCUAAUAAUGUAAUGAACUUGUUUUGUAAUGUAAUGAACAAAAUUUUUGGGCGACCAGCAGCAUAUUG